AAUGGCAAAAUUGAAAUCAUGAGUACUCGUGAGCCAAUCACGUGAGAAGUCGUUAUUUUAUGUGGUAUUUGGGGCUUAGAGCUUGGUUAAUUCAGCGUGACUCGAGCCCGACUGAUAAAAUCCCAUAUAAUCGUCUGGGUGAAUUCAAAACCCCCACUUGCGUUUCCAGACUGAGUGCGGAAGGACAUCACGGAAACUCCACAACCAUUACCUCCGCGAAAACUCAGUGUCACAGAAAAAAACGGAUCGGAUUUGACACUCAACAACAAGAGGGGCUUAGGCUAAUUAUCAGGCAUCAAGCAACAUGAACCGAACCUUCGCAUUGAUGGUCCUACUGUGUGGUCAACUAGUAGUUACAGGCACUGCAGACCGCAAUGGGAAUGACUAUGAAAAGUUGAAGAAGAAACUACAGGACUCUCUAGCUGACAAAUCCAAGCAUGAACAAGCGCCCCAAGAUGCCGAAGCACCUGCGGCGGAUGUGGAGGAGAAACUCUCUCUGACAGAGUCCGUAGUGAGUCGAUACAUCACCACCGAAGUGUACAGCCUCUCUCAGGACCAAACCAUCACCUUCUACGCUCCACUCUGCCAGGACGCUGCCAACAAGGCUGUCAAUGUAACACUGCUUCUCAUCCACAACCCCGGAUGGGAACCAGUCAAGGGCAUCAUCGAGUACCAUGUAGUGCGGGCAAACGAAGAUGCGGAGCCUGAGGUGCUGUGCACCAACUUAGCAGACAGCGGCACAGCUUCGCCAAGUUGUCUCAUCGCCUCCUGGCCCGAUAGCAGUGAUAUGACCAUCAUAGCUACAGCAGGACCCGUGUCUGGCAUCUCAGUAACCGUCCAUGUCGAAUUAUUUCACCCGAGAACCGAAACUGCCUCUCACAUCCGAGCUAAUGUCCCUAGCCGCCUGAAGUCAGUUCAUGUCCAGCCAUAUGGUGGGGCUCCGACCGCGAAUACACUGACGCUGCUGCAGACGGCGACCGUCUACCCCUCCGUGUCUCUCAGCUACCAACGGCAGGCCGUUCUGACCCACAUCUGGUGCAACACCUUCGCCAAUCACGACGCUGCGUUCUCCGUGGAGUCUACUGUCAUGGCCACGGAUGGGCAAAGUGCCUUCACCCAACAUAUCUGCGACCAAUCAGAUUGCGAGGUUGGUAGAAACAACAUCGCAUAUAAUGGUAACCAGCUACCAAGCAACACCGUGGUAAUAGACAACCUGAGGUAUGCGAAAUUGACUUUCCUCAUCACCAGCUGGGGAGGCACGUACGAUCCCAACCAGAACGACUACAUCGGCCAGUUUCUGUUUCAAGCCGAGGUUCACCUUCUAUAGAUCAGCACGAAAGCUUCAGGCUUACGUACAAUCCAGCGUCAUCAGGCUUUUUAAUUUAGCCCUCAGCUUGCACAGACCAUGUACUUUGAUACCGUAACGUCAAGUCCUACGACAACAGGAUCCGAGCAGGCCACAUGACCCACAUUGCCCCGUGGUUUGUAUGUUUAGAGCCCCGUCGGCGGAUUGUCAUAUUUCCGCUCGGAUUCGUGUACCGGCGUUGCGUCUUGUCCAGGAAAUUAAUAUUUGUCCACCAUCUAAAAUAUCACUUGAAAUUCAACAGAUAGUUACGUAGUUGGAGAUUUGAUGUCACGAAGCAGUCUCGUUCGAUACUUUCACUAUCUCACAAACAACCGGCUAAUACUAUGCAUUCGUAAUAAGACACGAUUAACUCGUAUCUGUAGAUCAGAAGUUUUCUUCGUUAUUAGUUAAUGAAUAUUAUAUUUAAAUGUAGACAUUAACUUAGGGUUAGUUAAUGGAUAGAUCGGUGAUUAAGACUUUACAUAGUAAUACAAAAAAAUCGUUCUAAUUUGUUUUGUUAAUGAUAAUGAACUGGGCCUUAUAAUUUCUAGUGAAACUAUGGUUUUCCCGAUUCUGUAACAGAUGCACAAUGGUGCAUAUUGUUACGUUAUCCAAGCUCCCGUGUUUUUUUUAUAACUGUUAUUGUCUUCAUUUUAAUGCAUUCGUCAUUUUGUAUGAUUAGGGUAAAGCUGCUCUACCCAUGCUCUUAGAAUUUUUUUCUCCUAAGUAUUUCCCAAUUUGUAUAUUCCAUUUAAACGGAAAAAAACCCAUAUUUCUAGUAUAUUUUUGAUGUUUACGACUCUCUGAAAAUACGUUUUUAUUUGGGUUUGCUUUUGCGUCCGUAACGCACAAGACAUUAAUUAUUACGGGGCCGUAAAUGAUUCGACAUUUGUAAGUAAUUAUUUCAUUUUUAAUCGUUGGCGCAUUUUGUUCGACGUUAGUUAGUCAAAAGUCAAUAAGUUUUGUAUUGAUAGAAAAAUAUAUAGCAAUUAAAAAAACAAAACCUGUGGGGUGAAAAUCGAAUAUAUCAGAAGUAGAUAACUUUAAUGUUUGAUGGUGUACUAAUUUGGUAUCUUGAAUUAGGUCUGGUGAUGGUCAAUAAAAAAAAAACAGAAGACAAAA